GAGAGAGAGAGAGAGACAGAGAGGGUAGUAAUACUCAAGUCCUGAGCCAAAGUCAAACGAGAAGGAACUUGUUUGGAAGGAUGGUGUCAUUCCUUUUCUAGACUGAAAGGCACAAGGGGAGGGUCUAAUUGCUGGAAAGAGGAAGAGAGAAAGAGAAGUUGGUCAGCUAGUACAGGCAGCUCUUACUCACUUUGGACCCAAGAAGAGAAAAAGAAGAACAAAGGGAAGAGGGGAAGUGAAAAAAGGAGAUCUAUACCGCAGCUGUAUAAGAUAAAUCCACAAAAUGGAGGACUCAAGCAGCAAUAAGCCAUUCAUGGUGACAUCGUCGCUGAACUUCAAAGUUACCACCCCAUCCUUCUACAACCAGCCAAAGAAGUUUGCCUCUGUGGCACCGCCACGACCCAAAAGUCAGACCCCUCCUACAGCUCCAUCACCAACACCAUUAGGCACAGCUGUUAUUGGUCGAGUGGGAGACCUGCCUCCAUCGCCCUCUUCCAUCUGUGAUGACCUCCCACCCCCUCCUCCACCUCCACUGGACGAUGACUUGCCCGCCCCUCCCCCUGAAUGCCAAACCGUACCCAGUGCAUCCGAUGCUCCUCCUCCUGCCUUCCCCGCUCCACCUCCCGUGGCAGAUGACCUGCCCCUCCCAGCUCCCCCUGAGGAGAUAGCCUGUCCACCCAGCUAUCCUUCUCCCCCUCCUCCCCCUCCCCCCCCACCUCUCCCUGCACCAGGUACCACUAUUCCUUGUGCUGCUGGGAAUGCACAGAGGCUGACUCAGAAGCAGACGAGUUUUGAUAGACAGAUUGAUUCUCUGACGGACUUGUUGUCUGAGAUGGAAACCAAGGGACCCUUCAACCCCAAGUUACCAAGCCAGUAUGCAGCAGCACCAGCACCCAAGCCUUCAGCCCCUCCUCCAACUGCUCCCAAACCAGCACUCUCCUUCCUCCCACCUCCUGAGAUGGGUGACCGGCCUCCUCCAGCACCCUGGGCCGAAGAACUCAAAGCCAGAACAAGUCGACAAGCCAAUCACAACUUUGGUCCAAAUUCUCAAGCUCAAACAUUUGAAAAGGCUUCACCUUCGGGUCUCAAGCCCGGUUAUGGAGGGAGAUUGACAACAUCAUCCUCCUCACUGGCACAAAAACUCAACCAGACCCUGAACCAGACCCCCAACUCUGUUAGCAGUGCACCAAAACCUUCACCUGCUAAGGCCAGUAAUUCAUUCCCUCCACCCCCUGCAGCCCCCCCUGCAGCUCCCCCUGCAGCUCCUCCUGCAGCUCGCCCUGCAGCUCCUCUUGCAGCUCCUCCUGCAGCUCGCCCUGCAGCUCCUCUUGCAGCUCCUCCUGCAGCUCCUCCUGCACCUACUGUUUCACCAAACAAAAUGGCUGCUGCCCCAGCACCUAAUCACAUAAAAAGUUCUCCUUUUGGCAGUCAAGCAAACACAAACCAAAACUCACCAGCUGCUGUGUCUUCACCGCAAUCCAAGAUGAUUCUAUCUCCAUCCUCCUCCGUUAGCCAACCAAUGAAAACCAGCCCUGCGCCAAUGCCCUCACCUGCUGUCCCAGGUGGAGGUGCUCCUCUGAACAUGAGAGAAGUGGAGGAGCUGGAGAGAAUGACCAAGGACUUCAUUAAGAACAUGGACACACACGCACCUGUCAUCGCUUCGCCUCUGACAGAGGUUUGUGGGAAGUGCGGCGAGUUGCUCUCUCGUACUCAGCCAGCUGUGAAAGCAAUGGAUAAACUCUUUCAUUCUAACUGCUUUUGCUGCAUGAGCUGCGAGCGCCCCCUGCAGGGCAUGCAGUUCUAUGACAGGGACAACGCACCUCAGUGUGAGGAGUGUUACACGAAUUCCCUGGCUAUCUGUUUCCGAUGUGGGGAGAGAAUCACAGACCGUGUGCUGAAGGCGGUGGGAGAGUCUUUCCAUGCUCAGUGUUUCCGCUGCAGCACCUGCUCCUGCACACUCGAAGGAGCCCCCUUUAUCACCGAUGACAACAACAACCCAUACUGUGUCCAGGAUUACCACAGACGUUUCUCCCCUCUGUGUGUGAGCUGUAAUGAACCUAUUGUUCCAGCUCCAGGUAGUGAGGAAACAGUCAGAGUGGUGGCCCUCGACAAGAACUUCCACCUCAAGUGUUACCGCUGUGAAGACUGUACACGCCCUCUCUCCAUUGAAGCGGAUGAAAAUGGCUGUUAUCCUCUGGAUGGCAAGAUCCUGUGUAUGAAAUGCCACACCCAGCGAGCCAAGCAGUCUGCACAGUGAUUGGCUAUUGCAACAUCAAUUCAAUUAUGGAAAACAAAAAUCCAAAAGCACAGGAUUUAUUCAGCUGCCGAUUUGCCUUUGCAAUAGGGCUUUUUUUCCAGUAAAUGUGUGCAGAUGUGUCUGUGUGUGAGAGAGAAUGCGCUUUGUGAAAAAGUAUGUUUGCAUGCAGAUUUGGUGUUGUAUUUCCCUUAUCUCUGUCCACUUAAUCCAGUGCAGAGGUAAUGUACUGCGCUGCACCAGCUUCCUCUCGUCUAGUUUUCUAGACUUCUAAAGCGCCAAUCUCCCAACUAGCUUUCGUUAACUGUAGCUUAGAUUUUGUGCCAACUCAAUGUUUACGCUAUGAUUUCCUGCAUAACUUGCACAAUAACAGUUGGAUGAAAAGAGGAGUUUCCUAAAUAUAAAGUUGCCUUUCCUUUGCGUAAAUAGUGUGACUAGCACCAAGAACUAAGAUAUUUACAUUGAAAGACCAUCACUGUCUUGCCUCUUUCCCAGCAAGCAUUCUAACUGUGGUGUUGUGUUUCUGAGACAGAUUGGUACCAUAGCGUGAACAAAUCUCAGAAACCUGAUCUUUGAACGUUUUACCACUUAGACUGGUGGGUGGUUGAUAAUAUGUUUAAGAUUUUGGCAACUAUUGUCCCUGUAAGCAUGGUUAAUGAUGCUUUUGUGCACAUCAGGAGAUUUUGUAUCUGCCAGUCUAUUCUGAUAGCAUUUUGAAAUAAUCUAGGGCUACAACGCAAGUGCAAAACGAUACAACAAAAAAUCAAUGAAGAUUGCACGUAGUGUUUGAUGUGAAUUUCAUGAUUUGCAGGCAUGUGAUGAAUUUCAUCUUGUUGCUCUCUUACUGAUUAUAAUGUAUUAGGGCGUAAAGAAGAACAAGAAUCUCACAAGAAUUUACAUUCUCCAAAGAUGGAGGCUCAUGAAAUUGUAGUAUUUUGAGAUGCAUGCUUUUUGGAUGCAAACAUUGUGAACAAAAAGACAAGCACAGAUUUGUAUUCUAGCAUCCCUUUUUUUUUUAUCAUCAGCAGCAUAGCUGAAAACAGGACCUGUUAUGUAAUCUUGCACAAUGCUGAAGUAAAAUAGACUUGUAUCACUUUCAAUAAAAUAAAAACAUCUCUUCACAUGAUGACUUAAGUUUAAAUAAACACAGAUUAAAAAUGUUAGUUUUAAUAGUAGGUAUUUCUUAGAAUCCCCCUGCUUUAAAAUAAUUUAUGGAUCUAAUGUAAGUAUUAAAGUCACAUGUGUACCAGCGCUAAAAUAUGCUGUCUUGCCAGCAGGAUAAUAGAAUCGCAGAGGCCGAUGAGCUUUCAGUAGCAGAUAUUAAAACACAGUGACCAAACGUGUCUAAAGCAGAUCACAAGAUUAAGAUUAAGUGGUUAAAUGUGAUUAAAUGUUUUGUUCUUUUUAUUCUACGUUUUUGCUCUUUAAUCUGUUGCCAUGAAUACCACUAUUCUCUCCAUUAUUCAGCAUUUGUACUUACGUGUGUUCAUGUCGGUUAUAUAUUGUUUUAUUAUCUUGCUGUACUGUAUUUCGCUGAUGAAAUGCUUACAUUUAUUUGGAUUGAUUUUUAACCUCGUGAUGUGCCUUCUCCAAUAUUGUAUUCCAUUGUUCCAUGUCAUUUGAGCCUGGUUUGCAGCCACAGUCAGUCCUCGGUAAGAAAACUAUUGUUACUUGUGCUUGUAUUGAGAAUGUGCUCAAUGACUCCAGAAUGACCAUCAAAAAGUGGCAAGUGGUUCAGCGUUGCAUGCUAUCUUUGUAGUCUGUGAUGGCAUUUUCUCUAGUAUUAUGUACUUUUGUUUGCACCAAUGAACAACUUUUGUACCCAUGUCUUUGUCAUCCCCAUGUGCUUUAGAUAUGACGAUGCCUUCAUGGUUGCAUUUACCUUCCAAUCCAAUGUAUAUCACUGUAUUACAUGUGGAGACUUUGCCUUUUCUUAUAACUUUUUUUAUACGUAUAUAUGUGAAUGUGUCUAUGUUGAAAACAUCAUUUAGCCAAACCCCUUUUUCCUUUUUUUUUUUUUUUUCGGGCUGUAUGAAAACAUAGAAAAUAAAGACAAAUGCUCAAUAUAUCA